CGUAGGAACUGAUGGCAAAAAACGAUGAAAAGCAAAAGUUUUUGGAAUUUGUAAAAACAGCAGCUGUGAGUGAUAAUUUUACGCCUUUAAAGCAAAAAUAAAAUAUAAAAACGAAGUAAUAUAGACAAAGAAAGAACAGAUAUAUAGUAGUGUUUGGAUCGAAAUUACAGAAAAAAGUUAAUAAGUAAAAUUAAAAGAUAUAAAAUUGAAAGAAGCUUCAAAUAUGGAGCAAAGUUUCAGUUCUGGAGGCUCGAAUGCUUCCGGAGAUAGUGUCGGAGGCUUUGGCCAGAAUACUACGAUAACUAAUGCAAGUGCCAGCGAUAUUAUUUACAAUAAGAAUGUCACCCAAAACAGUGGUGGCAACGGAAACGGAUUAACACCUGAAGUGAAGGAGAUCUAUAGAUCUCUUUACAUUGUUGCCAAACAACUAGACGAUGAAAAGAAACACAUUAGCACCAUUUCUCAACUGUUUCAACAUGAUUUGGAAGAGAAACGUUCUCAGCUGGUUCAGCUUUGCAAAAAGAUUGUUUUCAAGGACUACCAAUCAGUGGGUAAGAAAGCUCGUGAAAUCAUGUGGCGCAAGGGAUAUUAUGAGUUUAUCGCUUACGUGAAGAAAAACUGGCACAAAGAAUUAAAAGACACCACCCAGAUCAGUACGCAAGACAAUCUAUUAAAAGUGGAACGUUUUCUCUGCGCUGGAAUAUCAAAUUACAAACGAAUGGCAGCUCAAAUGGAAGAGAUAUAUGAUCUUGACUUGAAAUACUUAAUUGAUUUUAGUAUUAUUAGUGACGGAUAUUUGAGUGAAAUUGAUCAUAAGCAAACAGGCGAGAACAAUGGCGCAGGCGAUGUUAGUGCUGCACAUCCAGUGGAUAAAAGUUUAGAAGCAGUUUCAUUUGCUUUAGACACUAUACAUUCAUCACUGUUGAGUUUAGGCGAUUUGCACCGUUACUUUUUGGACUUUCGCAUUGACACGCGCCUAAAGGUAACUAAACAACAAGCUGCCAAAUAUUACUUUGAAGCAUUCAAACUGAAUCCGGCAAUUGGCAUGUCCCAGAAUCAAUUGGGUACACUCUACUAUGGCCAAAAUCACGAUUUGGAUUCCAUCUAUCAUUACUUAUACUCCUUGGUUAGCAUUGUACCAUUUGAGUUAAGUGAAAAUAAUGUGUGUAAGCUUUUUGCCUCUCAUGCCGAUUACCUGGAAAAAUUGGACCCAGAGAAGAUAGAAUUUAGUCUUCAAGAUUUCUACGCUCGCUUUUAUUUGAUUGUAGACAUAUUUUUCUUCGAUAAAGAAGUGCCCGAUUUCAAUUCUCUUUGUCACUGCGUACUUGUAGACUUGCGCAAAGUGCUCUGCUCUAAGGCAUUCACCAUUGAAGAAAGUUGCAUUUUCAAAAUUGUCUCGAUACUGUUUUUCUGCUUAUCUAAGCUAAAGAUGAUAAACUCCCAGAAGGUUUACUCGCUAAAUGCUUUCCUAGUAGCUGUGUGCUCCGAUCUAAUGGAUGCAUGCAUUGUAAAUUUGGAGCAAACAAUUUUGGCCAAAUCUGCGGAGAAUGAAGAAUUUCAUGAAAUGUACUCAGAUAAGUUUGAUGAGUUUAAUAUGGUAGUACGCAAAUCACGCAACGAAUAUAAAAAUUGGCUUGUUACUAUUGGCGAAGCUGACAAAAAAGAGAAGAAACUUAAUGCUAAAUUGUCAUUGAAAGAAUGCUCAUCUGAUUCGCGAGACAGUCAAAACUCAAAUGACGAAUAUGCCAUCAAAACUCAGGACAGUCAUAAGCACACCAAAAUUGAUGGUGGCACCGAAAAGAAUGCCGACCCCAUAUCUACGCGUUCGAGCGAUGAAGCGAAAGAGAGCGAUCUGAAGACACCGUUAUCGUGCAAGAGCAAGAAGAAAGGCAUGAAACUACGUCGUCGUAGACGCAAAAUUGCGCAGUCGGAUGAUAGCUCGUGUUAUGACACCGAAAGCGAUAUGGAUACCGACUUUAGCACAGACGAUGAGGACUACACCGAUUUAAGUUCAAAUUUUGAUACCGAUUUCAGUGACAUCGAAGCUGAACCCGUGGCUGAUGAACGCGAGGAGGCUGAUGAAGCAGACUUUGUCAAGCAGCCAACAAAAUCAGUAGCUCAGGAGCAAAAUGCGCCGCGUUUAACUUCGGCAGCGUCCAAGGAAAGCUUGACUUCCAAUGAAGGCGUCGGUCCGACUUUCUCCGACAAUGAAGACAUUGUUAUUGAGGAGGAGAAAAUUAUUUAUCCCGAUGAGCAACAGGCAACGCUAGCAAAACAACGCACCGAUUCACAGGAGGUUGAUAGCGAGGAAUUGCUGCGCAGUUUUGAGAUAUUGCAGAUGAAUGGUAGUGGCUCCCUCAACUUCAAGAAUACCGACAAUGAGGAAUCACUACCGGCGGUUUUAGAAAAUAAUGAGAAGCAUCAAACUGUCGAAGAUGUCAAUUUCAAUCCGGGAGAGCCGCCAAAGAAACUCGUUUAUCGCAACAAGUAUACAAAAAUUAAUCCGAAUAUAAUAAUUGAGUUUGCGCGCCACGAGCCAACCAUGCGUGCUUUGAAAAUUCUAUACGAUUGGUUACGCAUCAAUCAUGAAAUUCUCUUCGGUUGCUAUCACUCCAAUCCGGAAUUCAUACACAAGAUUAUGAAGCUGCUAAAUUACUGCAACAUCGACAUAUUUACACGUAAAGUGUACUUCGAACGUGAAUUCCUAACCACACCCAAUGUGCGCACUCCACUCGGCGAUUUAUUCGAUGUACGCGCCAAUGUGCCAUUGGCAGAAGAUUUCGUUUUCAAAAAUUUUGACAUUUUCCAAGGCACCCAACUGACUUUGGAUUGGGAGACAACCAUACGUGAACACGUCACACCCGAAGAGGAGUGUAUUCUGCGUAUUUUCAAAAUGGUGGAUUUCGGUUUCUUUAUUUGCAAGCAAAAGAAAUUCAAUUAUCGCUUCUGCGUAAAGAGUCGCCGCUUCACUGAGAAUGCCAAGAAAAAGCGUGAGGAGAAGAAAUCGUCCUCACGUCGUCGUGAGCGACGCACAGUGAAGAAUGCAACACGCAAGCGAGCCGAAGGACGCACACGCCGUUACUCGGACCGUAAGAAUGGCAUCGUCCGUAAGAGUUACACCAGCAAUGAGGAAAAAGAUACUGUUGAGGAAUGCAAGAAAAUGCCGCGCAAAGGAUAUUUGCGUAAUCGUAAUAUUGAAAAGUCGGUGACAUGCAAUAACUUCGGCGGUGCUGGUGGUGGCGGUGGUGGGGGCACAUCCGCUUCCACGACCACCAACAGCGCGAUGUGCGAUAAAGUUUUACUACAAUCCAGCAGUGGCGCUGACGAAGAACGCUCAGAGGCUAUGUCGAAGAAAUGUGAGAUGAUGGGCAAGCUGUGGCUCAAGAACGAAGUCGAAACACUUGAGGAAGAGUUAAGAAAAAAUCCAUUGAACAUCAUCAUGACGCCAUUUCUAGUUGUUGACGCUAAAGCUUUGACUGAAUAUAACGGCAUAGUUAAAAAUCUGGUGAAAACUAAGAAGUUUAUUGUGCUCAUACCGAAUGCAGUUUUGAACGAGUUGGACGAUCUGAAGAAACGGAGUGAAAAUGCACGUAAUGUCAUACGUUGGCUGGAGCAGGAGUUUAAGCAUGGAAAUAGACAUUUGCGCGCACAGCGUGAUAAUGAGAACUUGACCCUUUCCUUGUUGAAAAUACCCCGAAAACUGGAUCGCGACGCUAGCGUAUUCUUGCAAAUUGCACAGUUUUGCAAUCAUCUUGUUGCCAAUCAUUCGGAUCCCAAAUCUGCCGAAUUCCAAAGCAAUGUCAUCACAUAUUUGUCUGGCGAUUCGCUGCAUGAGAAACAACGCAAUCAAACAAACUUUAGUUUUACUGGCAUCUUGGACACUAUACCCGUGCGUUACGAGCAGAUCUCUAAUUUCUAUUCGAAAUUCAAGGCGAACAAAAAAUGAACCCAUACACGCUGCAGGAGCAACGCCUGCGUGGAGCGUUUUGUGUGAACUCAAGAUCAUAAAAACUAAUGAAGAGAUGAGGAUGAUUAGGGAAGAUAAAGAAUAAGAAGAGCUUACGAAGGAUUAAGGAUCUAUGAAAACGAAAAACAAAAUCAAAUCAAUUCAAACCAAACCAACAAAAACAACACAGAUAAAUUCCAGAACGUGAAUGAUGAGUGAAUUUAUUGAACGCAAUAACAACAAGGGCGGCGGCAGCCAUAGAGGCUACAACAGCGUUAGCAGUAGUAGCAGCAGUGCGGCAGCAUCAGCAGCAAAAAAUAAAAAAAAAAAUAAAAAAAAAAACAACUGUAAGUGCCUACGAGCAGUUAGAAAACCUUAAAAGCAACAAUUACAACUUUAUCCAGUUUAUUUGAAAACCACCACGAUGGAUAGAUAGAAAGGUGAAGAUUGUGGCGAUGAGUGAUGGUGAGGACAUGGCGAUGUUGUUGAUAUGGCAGUUUAGGAAGAUCGUGUGCAUAUAUGACAUCAGCAACAAAAUCAACAUGCAAAGAAAUCACGGUAAUAUAUGUAGUGGCAUUGGGUAUUAAACUCGACGUUGGCAAAAUAUUAUUUGUGAUGGCGAUGGUAGCGUGCCUUUGGUGAAGCGACUAGGCGACUUUUGUGUUUAUGUUUGCGGUGUGUUUGACAUUGCUUUUAGAGUUGAAACAAUAACAUCUGCAUUAUAAUUCUAUAUAAAUUUCGAGAACAAAAUUACAUUAGAACAUAAUUAGAAGAGAAAUUAAAAAAAAUCUUUACAGGAAAACCACACCACACAUUUGACAAAUUUUUGAAGGCAUAAAACAACAAUUCUACAAGAGGAUAUGCAAUAAUCACAAUUUUACAUUAAAUAUUUUUCCGAAAUUCCAUUUUUUUCUUCAUUAAAUAUUUUUCUAAAUUUCCGUUUUGCUUUCAAACUUCUUGAUUAAAAUUUUACUAAACAAACACCUCAGCUCUAAAUUCACAGUAAAACUAUCUUUAAUCACUUUAUUUUUAUUGCUUUCACUUCUUUGUUAUAAUUCUGUCUCACUCGCCUAAUAGCAGCCGAAGUUUGCCAGUUUAAAUCAUGGUAUCGCUGAGCCAUCAUUUUCUUUACCGAUAUAUUUUAAGAGCUGUUGCAGUGGAAAGUUCAUUUGCAUCAUAUUUGAUUGCUAUAAACAACCUUCGAUCAGCAGCUGUCAAAAGUCAGCUGUCAUUGUUUACAUUCAUAUAGAUUUGUGAGCCGCGCGAAUUUCCCACCAUUCGCGAGAAACAAUAACAAAACUAUGUUUUUGGCAUACACAAAAAUGCCUCAACAAGCUUCUUCAAUAGCUUCUACUAAAUCCAGCACAUAUAAUGCUGUAAAGCUUAGGGCAUUUCGCUUGUUUGUGUAGCCGCAGCCUUUCGCGAAGUACUAGCUCAUGUAAUCACGACAGUCUUCGAAAUCUUCUCUAAGUGUAGGAGUAUAUUUGUGCUUGAGCGCAUUUUUAUUACCGUUUUUUUUGCUUUGUUCCGAGAAAUUUUGCAUCCAGGCGCGUACGUGUCUCAAAACCUCUAUCGUAACGAAAUGUAAAAGAAAAUGUUAGACUACAUUGAUUCAAAAUUUCGUACUGCCAUCAAAAUGCACAUCUUCCAUAUGAUAGUUUGUUGUUCCCGUUAAGUCUGUGAUGACGUGGAAUUGAAAUAUGUCGUGUAUUUAAGAUUUUCUUUUAUGUUUCGCUGCGUGUGCGUACUACAUUAUUUCAGUAAAUUUUAUUAAUUCAAAUUCAAUUAUGCAUAUAACAUAUUUGUAGUCGCGUAUGUAUGUACAUACAUAUGUAUAUAGCAUACUGUUAAACUGGGUUGCCGUCUUCAAAUACGCUUUUUUAUCGCGCAGGAAACAAGCGCCGUGUGGAUUUUUGUGGCGCUUAGAAAAUUAUUGUGAAGAAAUAAUAUGUGGCAUCGCAAAUUAUUUAGACUUUUAAUAUUAAAUUUUCAUUCAAUUCAAUUGCAUAAUUCAACAUUUCUUACCCUAAUAUCUGGUUGUUAAUAAAUUUUUUAAAAUAUUUUUUUUUUAUAAUUUUUUAAUAUUUUUUCUUUAUUAUUAUUUUUUAUUAAGUUUAUAUUUGUAUUUCUUUUUUUUUAAUUUUUUUAAUUUCUAUUUAAUUUUUUUUAAAAUCUGUUAAAUUUUUUUUCAAAUUUUAUUUAAAAAUAUUUUAAUUUUUAUUUUUUUUAUCUUUAUUUUAUAUUUGUUUUACAUUUGUUGUUUGUUUUUAAUUUUGUUUGUUUGUUUUUUUUUUUUCAAUUAUAAAAAUUUCGCCACAAAGUUUGCGCCACAUUCCAUCAAUAAAGGAACCGCAACACCAAACAGUUUAUGCCUAACUAUACUAAUAUUAUAGAAAAUAUUCUUUAUGUAAUUAUAAUGGUAUGAAUUCGAAAAACAAGCAUUACGCAGGGUUCCGCUGGGGUAUUUUUGUGCCACAUCUGAAAUAUUUAUGUCUACCAGUUCAUAUAUUGCACGAAAUCCAGUUUUAUCACAUCCUCAAAUAUUACAAAUUCUUAAAAUUUUUCGAAACACCAACAAAUUUACUAGUUUCUGCUUAAAUCGUCUUUUAAAUACCUGUCAUCAAAUAGAAUACAUCUACUAGUUUUUUUUGUCUCAAAUUGUACUGGAAAUUACCCAUAUAGGUAAAUAAAAUACGCCUGCUGAUUUCUGCGUCUUAAUUUCGACAUAACCGUACACAUACUUUUUCUUAAUAUAACGUUUAUUUUUACUACAAAAAAGAACAAAAAUACAUGUAAUCAUAUCAGGAUUUAAUUUCAAACCGUAACUAAUUAUAUAAUUUAUGUUAAUCAUAGUCGUAAACAGCAACCCCUUUUGAAAGAGCCCCAUUCUCUCUGCCUUCGUUUUCGUUGUUUUGCAUUAGAAAAAAAAUCAAAAAAAUAUUGAUAAAACACGUAUUGAAAAGAACCCCAUGAAAGCUCUGCAAGUUGGUGUAGCUGCUUUCACAAAAGCUUUAAAGCUCACCGUCAAAAUUCGGCCGCUCGUAGGGCGUAUCCCUCUAGUGUGCAUAACUUGCACUCGCACGGAGCUCUUCACUUCACAACGUUUUUGGUUUCAUAUAUAAUUUUAUAUUACUAAAUCAUUGUGUGCCACUAGGUUCUUGAUAUUUGCAUUAAUAUUUAAUAAAGGAAGGGCAGAAAAAUAAUAAUGAUUUAUAACUUUGUGACGUAUUGAAUAAUAGCAAUAUAGUUUGCCAAUUAUUUGAAUGUCAAAUUCCACAAUACGUUUGAAAUUGUUCCCAGCCUUUUAAACCUUAAUUUCCUAUUACUAAAAUAUAUACAAACAAUAAAUAUAAAUAAUUCUCCGUCAGUCCAUUAUUAACUUUAAUAAUAAAACAACAAAAAAAUUCUUGCUUGUCGGGUUUCACAAA